UAUUAUAUAUAUAUAUAUAUGCUUGAUAACAAGAUUAGAUGCAUGAAAGAAAGCAAGGUGCAAAUCCAGAUUUGAGAGUUGUGUCAAUUAAGAGAAUAUCACGAGAAUUUGGUUGGUAUCUGUUUAGCUACAGUGUCUAAGUAUCCGUGCCCAGCUGCAAAUACUUAUAAGAAGCUGCUCUUUCUGCCAAAAUUUCUUUUUUCUUUUUCUAAAAAAGAAAAAAAAGAAAAGCCUAUCACUAGUAUUAGUAACACAAGAUUUUCUUGUUGACACUGAUCUGCUCCCAUUAUUCAAGCACUUCCUUUCCUCUCACAAAACCCUACACUACGCUUCUCUUGUUCUAUCUUCUUUCUUCUCCUUUUUCUUUGAGAAUGAACCUGGAGGAAAAGGUGACCAUGGACUUAGUUCCACCAUCUGAGCAUCUCUGCUAUGUCCGUUGCAACUUCUGCAACACUGUUCUUGCGGUUGGAAUUCCAUGCAAGAGAUUGCUGGAUACAGUGACAGUGAAAUGUGGUCAUUGUAGUAACCUAUCUUUUCUCAGCACCAGACCUCCACUCCAAGGUCAAUGCCUUGAUCAUCAAUUGACUCUUCAGAGUUUCUUCAGCGAUCUCAAAAAGGGUCAGUCUUCAUCGUCCUCUUCAUCCACAUCAAGUGAACCAUUGUCACCGAAAGCACCUUUUGUAGUCAAGCCACCUGAGAAGAAACACCGACUUCCAUCUGCUUACAAUCGAUUUAUGAAGGAGGAGAUACAGCGCAUCAAGGCUGCAAAUCCUGAGAUACCGCAUCGAGAAGCAUUCAGCACUGCAGCAAAAAAUUGGGCUAGGUACAUUCCGAACUCUACAGCUGGAUCAGUUUCUGGUAGCAGCUGCAACACUGGUUAUUACAUUUUUGCAGGAUUAAUGAAGUGACAAUGGCGUUGAGAGGCCUUGGAGACUGGAUAGUCGAUGAAAUUAAGAGCGGUUGAGAAUGUAAAAUAGUUCCUUAUUUGAAUUUGAUUAGCUUCUCUAUAUCUUAAAAACCUUAUCAAUUAUCUUGUCAUUUCAUCCCUUACUUGCUGGUGUAUCCUUUUAUUUUAUGGAACUACUUCUGCAUGAGAAUUUUAAUUAUAAUUUUAAAUCAAGCUUA